UUUCAAGAUACCACCGUAACUGUCUUUGUCGGAUUUCUUUGGAAUAGUACGCCUUCCAAAAGUUUGUCUGCUGACACUACCUGCCGCCAUAUUAGCACAUAAUUUACUCCCACGACUUUGUAUGUUACUCUCGUUCUACCAAUCUUUCUCUUCCUUUCUCUUGACUAUUUUCCUUUCUCCUUUUGUGCGAGGUAUAUAUCUAUCGUCUCUUCGGUCCUUUGAUUUCUUUACGUUCGUUUUCUUCGUUUCUUUCCCUCUAUUGCUCCCCUGUGUCGCAGUAAUCUUUGUGUGUAUAGCCACCCUCCGGACAGGUAGGCAUGGCAUUUCGCCUGUAAAUAGGUUCUCACCGUGGGAUAGCCGGCGCAUAUUAAUGCCCCAAAUACCAGCAACGUAUGUAUUUAGCAGUGACGCUUUUCAGACGAUUUAGGUAUCAAGGCAGCAAUGCCGUCGUUAAUGACCGUUUCUCUAAACCAAAGAUGAUACUGUAUUU